GAGGAGAGAGGGCUCAGAAGGCGAAACGUUAAUCCCAGAUUGCGCUACUGCUACUGCUGCUGCUGCCCUGUCGUCUGCAUCAUUGUUGCUGGGUGGGCAUGGCACAGCUCCGGACCCUCUACUCCACACAGAGAAAGAGAGGGGCAAUAAACCAAUGAACUUUCAGCUACAAACAAGAAGAGAGAAGAAAGAUAGAACUACUGCUUCACUACCAGCAGCACUAUUCGCCACUUCUACUGUUUAGAAGUUUUGAAAAAUCGUGAAUGAAGACCAAAGAAGUCCGAUCUUGGGUAGCUCGGCGUCCCAACCUUUCCAUUGGCCCGCUGCUUAAGACGGAUUAAAGUUUUUUUUAUCCCUGUGUGUUUUUUCUUCUUUUUUAUCUUGGCACAUCUGGAGAUCGGUUGUGCAUCUCCUAAUCGGACAUGGAGUCUCCCACCAAAGAGAUAGAAGAGUUUGAAAGCACCGCUUUGAAGUACCUGCAGCCAGAACAGAUCGAGAAAAUUUGGCUUCGACUCAGAGGAUUGCGGAAGUACAAGAAGACGUCCCAGAGAUUGAGAUGUCUGGUGAAGCAGUUGGAGAGAGGAGAGGCCUCACUCACGGACCUAAAGAAGAACUUGGAGUAUGCUGCCACUGUGCUGGAGUCAGUCUACAUCGAGGAAACGAGGCGCCUGGUGGACACAGAGGAUGAGCUCAGUGAUAUCCAGUCGGAGUCGGUCCCUUCAGAAGUGCGGGACUGGCUCGCCUCCACCUUCACGAGACAAAUGGGGCUGAUGCUGAGAAGAAACGAGGAAAAACCGAGAUUCCGAAGCAUCGUUCACGCUGUUCAGGCCGGGAUCUUCGUGGAGAGAAUGUACCGACGGACCUCCAACAUGGUGGGCCUGAGCUACCCCCCAACCGUGAUAUCUGUGCUAAAGAAUGUUGACAAGUGGUCAUUUGACGUGUUCGCCCUAAAUGAAGCCAGCGGGGAGCACGCACUCAAAUUUAUAUUCUACGAACUGCUCACUAGAUACGAUCUCAUCAGCCGCUUCAAGAUCCCCAUCUCUGCAGUAGUGUCCUUUGUUGAAGCGUUGGAGGUCGGCUACAGUAAACACAAAAACCCAUACCACAACCUGAUGCACGCAGCUGAUGUAACGCAGACAGUGCAUUACCUGCUGCUCAAGACUGGCAUGGUGCACUGGUUAACCGAGCUGGAAAUUUUCGCCAUGAUUUUCGCUGCAGCCGUGCACGACUACGAGCACACUGGGACCACUAACAACUUCCACAUCCAGACAAGGUCAGACACAGCCAUCUUAUACAAUGACCGCUCAGUGUUGGAGAGCCAUCACGUGAGCGCCGCCUAUCGACUCCUACAGGACGAUGAUGAGAUGAACAUCCUGUACAAUCUCUCCAAGGAUGACUGGAGAGAGCUGAGAGCCUUAGUGGUGGAGAUGGUGCUGGCCACAGACAUGUCCUGUCACUUCCAACAAGUCAAAGCCAUGAAGAAUUUCCUGCAGCAGCCCGAGGGGAUUGACAAGCCCAAAGCACUGUCUCUGCUCCUGCACACGGCCGACAUCAGUCACCCGGCCAAGAGCUGGGACCUGCACCACCGCUGGACCACCUCCCUGCUCGAGGAGUUCUUCAGACAGGGGGACAAAGAGGCAGAGCUGGGGUUGCCGUUCUCUCCGCUGUGUGAUAGAAAGUCCACCAUGGUGGCUCAGUCCCAGAUUGGUUUCAUCGACUUCAUUGUAGUGCCCACGUUCACUGUGCUCACGGACAUGAUGGAGCGUAUAGUGACUCCUCUUAUAGAAGAGGCCGCACACACAGGGCUGGCCGGCUUCAGGCGAUCAAGUCUGAACAGUAUUGGCUCGGAGGAAAGCAAGAGGAAGAGUUCAGCCUCUGACAGCAGCUCGUCCGGACACAGCUCUCUGUUGACCGUCGAUAUGAAAAACUUCAAGGCUUUGUGGAACGAGGAAGUGUCUCAGAACAGAGAGAGGUGGAAGGCCCAGGCCACUAAAGAGGCCGAAGAGCGAGCUAAACGUGAGGCAGAGGAGCACGCUCAGCAGGAGGAGGCUAUGGAUCCCCCAGAGGGACAAACUGAAGCGGAGCCCGAUGCAAAGCAGGAGCAAAGCCAGCAGGGGGCGACUACAGAGGCUGCAGAGGUCACAGCUCCAGAUGGAAACAACACAAAGGAAGAGCCCGGGACCAGCCACCACCAGAGCCUCCUGCUGCAGAAUGGGGAGCUGUCUGAAGGAGCCGAAUCUCCAGAAAGUGUCGAAAACAAGAACAAAGCGGUCGAUGAGGUAGCCAUGGAAUAAUAAACUCCUAUGUGCCCGAAUGCUGUUUCUCUGAAUGCUGCUACUGUCCAAACCUGCUUCACUCACUCAGUCUACACUCCAGCUCACAACAAUGGAACUACUAUUAUUUCUACUUCUCUGGUCUCUGCUUCCCCCUUGUGGUCAAUCACAUACAUUACACCAUCUCCUUCCUGCAGCUGCACUCAAUCUAUUUAACUUAAUAUAUCCUUACUGUAUGCAGCGCUCUAAAAACCAUGUGCAUUAUUCUACUUCCUGAAGACUUGUUUGUAAAAUUAUGUAUUUCUUUACUUACAUUGUAGCCAUUGUACAGUUUCACAAAAGCUUUCUUAUAACAUUUUAUUUAAAAACUGAAACACAAAAUGCAAAACUAGAUGCACAUUUAUGCUUUUCACAAUAUAAAAUCAUUUUUCACAACAAAACCUAUGUGUUAGUACGCAGAAAACUCACCUCUAAUUCUUUCCUAGGCUUCAGUGUGGCCAUUUUAGAUGUUCGUCCCACUGUACCGUUUUUAACAUUUCUAAAUUGAGAGGGAGUGUAUUUAUGGUUAUUUGUGCAGAUAUUGUAAGAUAAUAUGGUUAGAGAAGAUUUCACAUAUCAUUUGUUAAACUGUAAAAAAAAAAAAAAAAAAAAAAUCACAUUAUUUCUCUGCCUUCUUGACGCCUUCUUGUAUCUGUAGCAUUUUGAAGCCAAUCGCUCUCUCCAAUGUCCUCUAGCCUGUUAUGUGUUUACAAUGCAUACAUUUCCCACAAUGCUUUGCUGUUGGUCAUCUUGAGUCUGAUCUAUGUCUGCUUCUUGAUUGUCCUAAACGCCUUGUAAUGUUGUGUAUAGAAAAUGAAUAUAUUGCUUAUUGUGUAUACUGUAACAUAGUGUACCUUUGCAGCUUGUUGUGACAAAAAAUGAAAAAUUGGCAGUAUUUGCAAUAGAACCCAAAGUUUUGUUUUUUUUCCUGUUUCUAAAAUAAUACAUUUUAGUGCAUGUAAAUGUAAAUACUAUAUGGGUUGAUGAUUAAACUAGUGUAUAUAGAAAUGCUAUGGAAACUUCUCUCAGCCUACUACAUGUUAAAAAUCCCAAACUUUGUAUAUUGGAGAGUAGUGCUGGGAUGUAGGAGUUUUGACACUAUGUAACGAAACAUGCUACUUUCUACCUAAAAGAAACCGCCAGCGCUGAGAGCUUCGGCCCAGCUGGCAGAAUGUGUGCCUAUCGCUUCACACGCUUCUCUUCUGAUUUUAGUGAUGUCAUUUGAGCUUAAAGAAAAGAAACUUUGCGUUUAUGUGGUCCUGGUCAGAGGUGGAACGGCCCCAACAAAGGAAAGAUCGUCAUCAAAUAGCAUUACUCAAAAAGGUGUUAGUAUAAGUAAGAAAAUGUUGAUGCCCUGUGCAACUUUUCUGACGCAGGGCAUGUCAACUGCUUGUCUCCAUGGAGAUGGUAUUGCUUUGCCUGCAAUGUUCCACAGUUAGUAUUUAUCUAAUCGAUCUUCAAGCCAGUUUACAGGUCAUAUUUAUGGAAAGGCAAGCCCUCUCAAAGUAUGAAUGCAUGUUUUCGUAGGUGUUUUUCAGCAGUAAAAACACUUUGAAUGAAUGCAUGAUAGAAACAUUUAAUGCUUUAUUGUGGAACAUUACAGACGCACUAAGAUCUUGACGAAACAAGCAGGUGGCAGCAAAAAAGCUAAAAAAGUUAUGCAGUGCACCUUUCGAUCCAAAAUCCAAAAUCCGUCACAAGAUUUUUACACCAAAAGAGUUUUCAGUGAAGAACUACUGUUAUUGUGUAAAUUGGCCACUUCACCUGCAUCCGCUCACUGUGAUGCUUUUGAUUCCACUAAUACUACUAUUAGUACUACUACCUUAUUACAGUAACCACUACUAUCUUCUGUUGCUACGAUGAAGUAAACAAUACAUUUUUUUCUUUCACCAAACUGUACUUAAGAGAAAUAAUGACUUCACAUUUGUUUUGUCCACGUAGAAAUCUGUUUUGAGUUUGUGCUUCCACCUCUGAUCAAGACUCCGCCUUGGUUUGAGUUGGCAGCUUGACGUAAGGCUGUUAUCGACUUCUUUUUUAAGUUGAAAUAUUGACCAUUUUGUGCUGUAAAUUGUAUAUUGUUUUUUCAAAAUCACUUCCACCUUUUGUCCCUUGACGAUCUCUCCAUUUCUAUGUUAAAUAUGUCACCAGCUCUUAAGUCAUACAAAACAAGUGGCUUACCUGUAAAUUCAAAGCUAUUAUUAAACUAUAGCAGAUUAGAUUUAUAAUAGAGUAAAGUUUAUAUGACACAACCUGGACUUAGCCUUCCUGACACUAUUUCCAAGGGACCAACACCGGUACAUCUAGUAGUUCUCUUUCACUCGCUCCUGUGAUGGUCUUCUUCAGUGUAUGGGUUUGUACCAACCAUUAUCCCACGUGUCGCUGUGUUUUGUAAAAAAAAAAAAAAAAAUGAAAAGAAAAAAUGAAAAUCGACAUACGGUGUUGUUUUGUGAUUAUAGAUUUGAUUAUCUGUCAUUUUCUUUUCGAUUCAUCUCCAAAUGUUUUAAACGUUGAUGGAUGUAAAGCGUGUGUGAACUGCCAGAAGAUACUACAAUGUGCAUUUCUGAUCUCUUCACUGUGACCUGAUCUACUAAUGAGGCGAAUGGGAGUGAGAGAGUGUGGACAAGACUACGAAACAAUGCAUUUAAAGUGGCAUUAUGUAACUUUUCUGGUAGGAUAG